AUGGAGGUGAUUAUUGAUACUCUGGUCAUUUGCGGUUGCUUAGUGUUUGGUGGUAGUGUGAUCAAAAGACUGCUCUGUAGCAGACCCUGGGAGACAUUACCAGAUGAUGUCAUGGAGAUGGUUGUGUCGCACCUGAGUGUACGUGAUCGUAUACGAUUAAGCAGUGUUUGCAAGUCUUGGAACACCGUUCCUAUGCGCAGAGAUAUCCCUAGUGCUCCACAUCAACUCCCCUGGUUAAUACUUCCUCAAUGUUGCCGUAAGAGCUUGAGCUUUUACGACCUCUAUGACGGCAAAGUUGGCAAGUUGGACCUGCCUGAACCACUUCAAGGAGGGUGGUUUGAAGGAUCUUCUAAAGGUUGGAUGAUCAUGGUCAUGGAAAAAGAUCUAGAUUCUACAAUGUUUCUAGUAAAUCCCAUUUCAGGAGCCCUACACCAACUUCCAUCUUUGAGCACGGUUCCAUCUUUCCAAAAUUUUGUAGAAACGACCAGAUGGAAACGCUAUGGUGCCUCCCGUUUCAGCUAUUGGCUUGUGCUGUCCACCUCGGAUAUCACUUCAGAGCAAUGUAUGAUAGCAGCUUUCUUUGGAGACGCUGAAACAUUGUGUUUGUGCAGACCUGGAGACACGAGUUGGAGUAUUUUUGAGGUACUAGAUGCUAAUGAGGUCAUUAUGGAUUUAUUGUUUUCUUCUGGCAAGCUAUAUGCCUUGGUUCUUAGUCAUGAUAAGGAAGGCUUUAUGUCAGCUCCUCGUACUUUAAGUUGUGGAGGUCAUGCCGUGGAAUUAUAUCUGGUCUAUGAUAUAAUGCCAAGAUUCAGUGACCAGAAUGAAGUAUAUGGGGACUAUAUAGUCCAAUUAAAAGCGUCACUAGACUCGCAUUUGAUAGAGUCAGCAACCAAUGGUGAAAUAUAUUUGAUCCAUCAAAUGCAAGAUAAAUUUAUGAAAUUGUAUGACGACGAGAACCCCGAGGAUUGUGGCGGUGGAGGUCAAGGUGAAGGUGGAGGAAAUGAGGAGGAUGAUUAUAUUGAAGGCAGGGAUGAUGACAAUGACGAACAUGACAACUUGGAAGAUAAUGAGGAUGGAGGAGAUGAUAUCCAUGACAUGGAUGAUGACAAUGACUCUGCCAAUGAGGAACAUGACAACUUGGAAGAUAAUGAGGAUGGAGGAGAUGGUAUCACUAGAGUUGAGGAAGAAGAUCGUGACCUUAAUGUAUAUUUGAGGACAAGUGCUUUUUAUGUUUACAAGCUUCACCCAAAGAAGAAGAAGAUUGUUAGCGCCCGGUGCCUGGAGGAUCAACUAUUGUUUUUGUCGGGCGCGGGUCAUGUGUCCCUUCCUGCAAGAGAGAUCAACAAGUUGGAAGGAAAUUGUAUUUAUUUUGCAACAAAUAAUCACUCGACUUUACAUCAGCGAGAAUAUAUAAAUCGAGAGCUUGGCAUAUUCAACUUGGGUGAUAGAAGAGUUAAGCGAUCUUUCCCAAGCGUUAGGGUGUCGGUACGCACUCGACUUAGUUGGUUUAAUCCGAUUUUAUAG